UGGAACUCAGCUUGCUGGGUAGAUUUACAAAAACAUCAACUCAACUCUUCCGUUGUGACGUUAGUAGUUGUUUUGUAUUAAGUUCCUCGUUUUCGAGAAAAUUUUAUUGUGCCCUGACGUUUCUACUUGCUUUGGUGUAUCUUUUCCAUCACGAAUGGCUGCAGUAAGCUCGAUAUCGAAUGUGGAAAACCUAUCACCACAAAUCAUUAGACAGUUGACAAAAGAACUCCAUGAGUUGGUCACAGAACCUCCUGAGGGUAUCAAGGUUCAGAUAAAUGAAGAAGACAUCACAGAUAUUCAAGCUUACAUUGAUGGCCCAGCUGGCACCCCAUAUGCAGGUGGUGUUUUUCGAGUUAAGUUAGCCCUUGGAAAAGACUUUCCUCAAGCCCCUCCAAAGGGAUUUUUCUUAACUAGAGUGUUCCAUCCCAAUGUUGCAAAGAACGGAGAAAUCUGUGUGAACACACUCAAAAAGGAUUGGCGGCCUGACCUCGGAAUAAAACACAUAUUACUUACUGUUAAAUGUCUACUAAUUGUACCCAAUGCCGAAUCAGCUCUAAAUGAGGAAGCAGGGAAACUUUUACUGGAACACUAUGAGGAUUAUUCCCAGAGAGCCCGCAUGAUGACAGAAAUUCAUGCCCAGGCCCCAAAGGUUCCCAAGGGAUGUGCACCUGAAAGCACUGAUGGCCCAACAGCUAAGAAACAUGCCAGUGACAAAAAGGUAGCAGCAGACAAAAAGAAACUCAUGAAGGACAAAAAACGCACUCUCAAGAGGCUAUGACCCUCUCUGCUCAGACUGAGACCAUUUUGGUCAAAUUUAGUUUUGAAUUUUUUUAAAUGCAUUAUAUAAUACUACUGUAAGCUGAAGGAAAACGUGCAGAAUGGGAAUCACAUAGCAUGGAAAAAAAAAUGAAUUGUAUAAAACAGCAGUAUUGUGACAGCUCUGAAAAAUGUAAAUUUGAAUUUCAGUUUGAAACACAAGAGCAUUAGCAAUUUAGAGUUCGUCUGUAGUUGCUCCUCGUCUAAGCACAUUCUAUUUAUUAUUUAUGUAAUGUUUGUGUGUACUCUUAUUUUCAUACAGUAUGGUCAUAGCAAAUUGAAUUUUGAUUUCAUCAAUACAAGUUUUCUCUUUUUCUUUCUUUCUGUCUAUAUAUUAAAUUGCGUGUGUGUGUAAUGCAUGAAUUGAGGUCUUUCAUUAUGAUCAGAGGUAUGCUUGUAGAUGUGUAAACUUGGAAUCAUGUUCACUUUAUAGUUUGUGGUUUUCUUUCAAAUUUUAGCUCUUAACUUUAGGUGGCAGUGUACAGUACUUUCUACUGAUCACUGAUAAUAAAACUUUUCUUAUUUUGGGUGAUUGAUGUGAAGAAAUUGUACCUCCUUUUAUCUUCCUAUUGUGGCCAUUCCUCCAAUCUUCUUCUACUUGUACACCAUAAAUUUUGUGUUCCUCUGGGCUAUGUCUUUAGCUGAUGCAUGCUUCUCAAUUCAGAAAACUUAGAUGAUUAAAUGUUGUUCCCUUUUCUUUUCAACUUCAGCUCAAGCUCUACAACUAAAACUUGUUUUUCUCAGAACAUUGUGAAAAUAAUAAUGUAAUGUUAUCUGGGUUUCAUGUCAAUCUAGUGUUAGUAGAGAAUGUUUCUAUCCCCAUAAUGUUACCUUAACUUUAGUGUGUUUUGUACAAAAUAAACUUAGAUUUCUAUUUGGUUUUAA